AUUAUGCCAAAAACACUGAAUCCUCAAUGGAGGGAACAGUUUGACUUUCAUCUCUAUGAAGAGCAAGGAGGAAUUAUUGAUAUUACUGCGUGGGACAAAGAUGCUGGGAAGAGGGAUGAUUUUAUUGGCAGGUGCCAGAUCGACCUGUCAGCCCUCAGUAGAGAACAGACUCACAAGCUGGAGUUAGAGCUGGAAGAGGGCGAAGGACAUCUGGCGCUGCUGGUCACCCUGACAGCCUCCGCCACUGUCAGCAUGUCUGACCUCUCUGUAAACUCCUUGGAGGACCAGAAGGAACGAGAAGCAAUAUUAAAGAGACAU